GCAGGUGUGCGUGCAGGGCGUCCAGCCGUCUGCCACGGCCAUCCACCUCCGGGUUGGACCAGUGCAGCUCUGAACAUGGACGUCCGGAUUCACCAGGCACCGAGUCGAAGGCAGGACGAUCGCAACAGGGAUGAGGCAGCAGGUGUGGGAGAGAUCUGACGAGGUGUGUGGGCCCGCGGCGUGACCGACUCGGAGCAGGAGAUGAGGACGAUUCUUCCUGUGUGUGGAGGCGGCGACGGCGGGGAACCCCGCAGCCUCCGCAGGCGGGUGGGCAGGAUGAAGAAGCUGCUGUGGUUCAGGACCAGCCAGUGUGCGGCCGUCCACACCGACUCGGAGCCCGGAGUGUGGCUCCGGAGCUUCCAGGUGCUGGACAUGGACGGGCAGUGUGAGGACCCCGUGCAGGAGUGGGGUGAGGAGGAGGAGGAGGGCGCCGUGUUCGGCAUCACCCUCCGCCGGGAGCCCGUGCUGCCGGGCCCCGACUCGCCCGAGCCCCCGACGGCCUUCAGCUUCGUCCAGUACCACACGGUGAAGGUGCGCAGGCUGAAGGCCGCCACCCUGGAGCGCCUGAUCACCCACCUGCUGGACCCCGAGCACCAGGAGCCCGACUUCGUCCCCGUCUUCCUGUCCACCUACCGGGCCUUCACCUCCGCCAGCUCGCUCAUCCAGCUGCUGUUCCAGAGGGACGACGCGAACGCCAACCUGGAUAACGACGUCUGUCCUCGCAGCACCCUGCUCCCGGUGGUCCGGCGGUGGCUGGACAAACACAGCGAGGACCUGAACGAGCCUCCGCAGUACCCGACCCUGCGGCUGCUGUGCGUCCACCUGCAGCGCCGCCUCUGCUUCAGACGCUUGUCUCAGGCCGCCGAGGCCAUGCUCAAGAAGUUCCAGGAGCAAGAUGGCGGCCAGCCUGCGUCAGAGCGCGCUGAUGAGUCACUGCAGCAGGAGCUGGCAGAUCAGCAGGACGGGGGCGAGCCGAGGCCGUUCAGCUUCAUGGACUUCUCUGUGAGAGACGUGGCCGAGCAGCUGACCAGGCUGGACGCUGAGCUGUUUGUCAGAGUGGUUCCCUUCCACUGCACGGGCUGCGUCUGGUCCCAGCGCGACAAGAAGGAAAACCGAAACCUGGCGCCGACGGUGCGCGCCACCAUCUCCCAGUUCAACGCCGUCACCAACCGGGUCAUCACGUCUCUCCUCUGCCCGUCCCCGCCCAGCCCCGCCGCCUCCUCCCCCGUGGCCACGCCCGGCUCGUCCUCCGCCUUCCCGUUUCCGUCCACGGCCCCGAGCUCCCCCAAAUGCUCGCGCGCCAGCCCCGCCCACCGGGCGCGCAUCAUCGAGAGGUGGAUCGCCACCGCGCAGGAGUGCAGAGAGCUGAAGAACUUCUCCUCUCUGAGAGCCAUCCUGUCGGCCCUGCAGUCCAACGCUGUGUAUCGACUCAAGAAGACCUGGGCCGCUGUCAGCAGGGACAGCAUGACGACCUUCGACCAGCUGUGUGAGAGUUUCCCUGAUGAGAACUGUGUGCUGAUCAGCAGGGAGAUCCUGGCGGAGGGCUCCAGCAGCGGCGUCGUGCCGUACCUGGGAACCUACCUGACCGUGCUCACCAUGCUGGACACGGCGCUGACCGACACCGUGGAGGGUGGACUCAUCAACUUCGAGAAGCGCAGGCGGGAGUUUGAGAUUCUGUCUCAGAUCCAGCAGCUUCAGGCUUCGUGUUCUCACUACAGCCUCCCGGUCCGGCCUCACAUCACGGCCUGGCUGCAGGCUCACACUCUGCUCACAGACCAGGAGAGCUAUGAGCUCUCGCGGGAACUGGAGCCUCCGGUCGACCCCUGUCCCAACUCUCCAAACUCCUGGAGCAGCCGCCUGCUCGCCAGGAAGCUCGCCACAUUGCGAGCGUCCCACGACUGCACCCCCAGAAAGACCCACGCUGAUCAGAUCAGUGUCUCUUCUUCUGGCUCCAGCAGCUCGGACAUGGAGGACCUCUCCGCUCCUCAGCCGUCCCUCCUCAGACUCAAGCUGAAGUCCUUCUCGGGCUCGCUCCACAACGUGGCGGAGGACUUCUGCUCCAUGUCGUCGUCGUCUCCCAGCCUGUCCAGCUCCUCCUGCAGCUCCUCCCACCCGGACCUCAGCUCCUCCUCGCUGCUGCUGAGCUCCGAGUCGUCGUCGCCGUCGCCGUCGUCCGGCUGCUCCCCUCAGGCCUCGCUGCCCCUCUACAACAAGCAGGUGGCCGACCUGUGCAUCAUCAGGGUCAGCGUGGAGAGCGUCAGCAACGGGAACGUCUACAAGAGCAUCCUGCUGACGAGUCAGGACCACACGCCGCAGGUGAUCCAGAGAGCUCUGGAGAAACACAACAUGGAGGACGUCCGCUGCCACGACUUCAGCCUCUUUCAAAAGCUCCACAGCGGAAAAGAGCUGCAGAUACCGGACAAAGCCAACGUCUUUUACGCCAUGUGCACCUCGGCCAACUACGACUUUGUGCUGCGCCAGCGCUGGAGGAGCCACGGGAGGCAGCUCGCCUCCUCUUCCAGUCCUGGAGCUCAGCCCAGGAACCGCCACGCCAAGUGAGGAGGAUCCCGCUCCCGGCCGGAGGAGGGGGGGAGCGGCGCCGGGUGUCCCUGCAGAUUAGAGCCGCUCUGUGAAGGACUUCUCAUCCAGAUGAAGCUGUCUGAGAGGAGUGGACGGAUGAUCUGCUCGGUGCCGUUUAAAGAGAUGGAAGUGGAUGUGCAGGUUUGGAAAGAUGGACUUCAAGCAGGACCUGAGAUGAAUCUGCUGAACUGGAUUCAGAUUUCUGGACCUGCAGUUUCCUCUGCACAUCAGGAGCUGCUGACUGUUUCAACCAAGAAAUCCCAACCUGACACGGAUCUGGGUCCCAUGUCAAGACUUUCGCAGAUUCAACAGUGUGUGUGUUAAAAACACUGCUUGGUAUUAUAAGUAUUCACUUGUACUGUCGCUGAAGAAUGAAAUGUUGAUAUCAUUUUACCAAUUUAAGUUAUUUUUUUCCAGUAUUGAGCUUUUAGAGAAAAAGUGGCACGAUAAAAGCGUCUUUGUUUUUAAUGUUGUUGUUGGUUGAUGUUGGAUCACUGGAAUCUUAAUUUAUAAUCUGUUUUCCACCGUGAAUCUCCAUCACUUGUUUUGGUUCUCAGUUUGUGUCACUUUUAGCAAAGAAAACUGUUUUUUAUGGUCUCUUGUGGUCAAAUGAAGGAAACUUUUUUGUGAAAGUGAGGACGCCUCGUCUUAAAUGUGGCGUUUAUGGUGUUCGCCUGUCAGGCGAGGCUGCUGGUCACCUCCAUCCUGAACACAGGAGAGAUGAACGAGGGUAGAGUGAAGAGGUUCAUGUAUGUGAAAAUGAAACGUCUCAGUAUGUGAGUGAAUUCUGAUCUUCAAGUGUUCUCUGAUGUCAAAUCCUGUCUAAAACCUGCAAAAAGCUUUUUAUUAUUCCUCUUAAUCCGAGAAAUCAUGAAUGUUUUUUAGUUUUCUGCAGGAUUUUGUAUUGCUGGGUUGACCUUUAAAGCUGCUGUGGUUUAGUAGAAGUCUGGUAAAGUUUUUCACAUCAGCUGAAGGUAAUGUAACUUAACGUAAGCGCAAGCUUUGGACUGAAUUUUAUUUCAACAAAUUCUUAUUUUUUUAAGUUUAAUCCAAGCACUUGUCUAUAAUUAGUAAUAAAAGGCCCUAAAAAUUGGAGUAUACAAUUAU